GUGGCUUGUCAGUCAAUGCUUAUUGUGCUUGUGGGAGCUGCGCCUGAGUAUCAUAUUGACCAAGAAGAAGUUCCAGUUAGCAGAGCGGAGCUUGCCAAGCACGUCCAUUUUGCAAGUAACUUCACAUCUAUAGUAACUGAGGCAAGUACUUCUAUUCUGCCUAACCAUUUCUUCUCUAAUUGGGGAUUUACGCCAUCAGUGCUGGACUCUUACUCAUGAAAGCUGAAUAGGGCUUAGUUUAGUGUUUUGCUUACGCUAUUAAAAAUUAUUGGAACCCAUCCAUCUGGAUCUCUUAUGUUAUUUUUUUAAUCUGAAAGUAUACAAUUCUUAAUUUAGCUUUCCUAGUAUAAGUCCAAUAUUUAAAGUCAUUCAGUUUUGUUAAGUUUUCUUUAUGUUGAUAGUUUUUUUUGUUGUUGUUGUUUUCAGUUUUCUUUACCUUCAGAUGUUUUUGAAAAUCAUUACUAAUGACAGUGAUGCUCAAUGUAUUAUUUAACUACAGUUUAACUCUGGAAUUUAGUAUGGGCUCCUUCUAAUGUCUGUUCUUUAUCAAGGAAAAGAUCAAUUUGUCACAUCUGAGCAAUUUGUGCUGUGCAGUUAAUCUUUGCCAUGAGUUGCAUCAUGCUCUCAAAGAUGCAUCUUAGAGUAAAACUAUUACAGAAGUUGAAUUCAUGCACCACAUGUCUAGAUAUUUUUGUGUGUGGUGAGAGUAGGAGAUGGAACAGAUGGAAGUUUGUUGAGUGAGACAGAAGCUUGACCUUUAAUCCUAAUGCCUUAUGAGUCUUCAUGUGAAAAGUUGGGUUUGCUUUUUGUUAGUCCCUGGGAUAUAAUCACUCAGGCAAAGGCAAGUGAUCUAAGCAUCUUUGCCAGUGCCAGAAAAAAAAAGUGUGGGUGGCUUGACUUUUAGUAUAAACUGUCAGGCUUCUGCUGAUUUGUUUUCCUGGAGCAAUUGUUCAGUAAAUUUGCUGAGAAUGGUUAGUGUUUAGCAUGGCCGGUGCCCAAUUUUUGCUUUCUUCCCAUUAUCCCAAAUGUAACUGUGCAAUAUUUAUCUUGGAAAAAUGUAAUGACUAGACAUGAGAAGGAAUGAUGCAAUAUUGGAUCAUAUCCUCUGUCAGAAACAGAUUUUCUUCAUUAGUAUGUUUUCCAGGAUCACUCUUCAGUUUCAGAUGGACAGCAAAAUACAUGAUAUGUUACAGUGUUUAAAUUAUAAUCAGAAAUCAGCAAGGCUUUAACUAAUACUAUAUUUUUAAAUACUGAAGCAAUUGUCCUUGUUUUCAGAUGAUAUAGUAAUUUUCAAGAUUCUCAUCCUCAUUCUAUUUUCCUAUUUAUUUCAGUAACUAUAUUCUUAGUUUUUCUUUUUUUUUUGAUUAUAUUGCUAAUUUAUUCUUUCCAUGAAAUCUUUAGAUGCUCGCCAAUGUAUGUGUGUGGUAUUUGGUGGUUUUUGUUUUGUUUUUUUUUUUGUUUUGUUUUUUGCACUAACAGUCUGGUAACUAAGUUUCAAACCGUUUGGUGGAUUUAACCAAUUGAGAGGACGUCCUUUUGGGGCUAGUAAAAUUGUUAAUGCUUUGUUGGUAAAUUACAGCUGGUUUUGACAUAUUUAGCAAGUUCCUUGUAUGCUAAUAAAGUAGAUGCAUUCUAUAGAACUCAGAUAAAUAUAUUUUGCAUAGAUUAUUAUACCAGACUUGUUAAAAUGAGUACCUUCCAGUGAGGUAUCAAAAAGCACAAGUAACAUCUCUCAAACAAUCUUUUCAUUUGCCCUUUGCUGGGGGGGGGGGAGGGGGAAGGUGCUUUUCUGGACUUUAUUUCCUUUAUUUCAUUGAUGCUGUGGAGUUUAAACAGUAAAUAUUUCCAGUUCUGUUCUGGCUUGAGGCCACUACUCUGUUCUGUUGUGGAGCUCAGCAAAACUCCAGUGUAGCUGUUCAGUUCUGGUUCAAGAAGAAAUCAUCAUAAUCUGUUUUGGCCUAAUUAAGAUUUUAUAAGUAACAGUUCAGGCUCAGUUCAUGGCAAACAAUUGUUAAAAUUGCUUCUUGGAUUGGCAUCAACUCAGUCUCCUGCUUUAGAUAACAACUGAUAAUGCUUGAGAAGGUGAGAUUAAGAAAAUGUGUCUUGAUUUUUGGUGUAAAAGUGGUCCUUUAAUUUUGAGAACUUUUUUUUUUUACUAUAACCACAUGUGGCACCGUAAUGUCGUUUUGUCCCUUUUAUCAACCUGAAAUGUCCUUUAGACAUGAGUUUGUGAUGUGUAUGCUAGGGAGGACUAGAGCCGAGAAGGGGGACUUAAGCCAGCAGUACUCUGCCUUGGAGAGGACAUGUUGUGAUAUUUUUAUAUUAGCUGAGGGACAAGGAUUCAUGGCCAGGAAUAUUUUAUUUUCUGAGUCCAUUCAGAAAGUUAAGAAACCGUAAGUUUAGGAAGCUACAUCAUUAUCCACUGUAACAGGCUGGAAUUUACUAUCAAAUGGGGAUAUAGUAGAAAACAGCUACAAAUGCUGCUGUGCAGUUUACCUUCACAGAGUAUCCAAAAAUCCUCCAAAAUUUGGGAGUAUUGUAAGUGGAUACAUUUUACUAAAGGAGGCAUCCUUCAAAUGCUGCAACACUUCAUCCUGCCCCCCAAAAUCUGCUGUGUUGCACAGGUUCAGCUUUCACUAUUUUUUCUUCAUGCAUGAGUAGACUCCUUCCAACUCUGGGUCAUUUUGAUAUUUUUAUGAUUACAUAGGGUAAUGGAUGCAUCGAGCAACGUCUUAUCUGUACCAUGCCAACAUGCGAGUCCAGAUAGAUUGAGUAAAAGCAUGUGAUUCUCAAGACUGCUGUAACUGAAAGUUUCAUUAAAUUCCUAAUAUUCUGGGGGGAUCUGUAUUAAUUCAAGGCUAACACUUGAGGGCUAAGGCCUUACUCUCUUGCACAGUAUUUUGGUCAUGUGCCUUCUCCCUGGAGUUACUCUUUCACUUUAUAAAAAAGCAAAGGGAAUUAGCCUCCUUCUGCCUUUCCUGUUUCCCCAAAGAACAUUCUAUAAAUGUUGUUUAAAAAGUCAGCAUGCUGUCUUGGUGUGAAUAUUGAUCCAUUUUUUUUCAGUGGAAAUUUUCCCAGCAUAUUUCCAGUAAUUAUUAAAUGUUCGAGUAAAGCUUUAUAUUGAAUUAGUUAAAUUCUUUGCUUGGAAAAUCACUUAAGAUUUUCAGAUUACUGUCCUCCCCCCCCCCCCCCCGCCCCCCCCAAAUGUCAUCAAUGUGUGUAACCUCAACAGUGCAUUUUUGUGAAUGUUGAUUUUUUUCACUGUAGCAGGGGGACUGGACAAGUCUUCUGCAUGCCUUGCUCCAUCAAGAAGUACUUGAUUAAGCUCCAUUCAGUUUUCAGCCUACCUGGAGUUCAUUUUCCUCUCUUCUGUGGAACUGUCAGUUUUUGAUUAUGCUGCCUCAGUUUAGCUUUUGGAUGAGGUAUAUAGUACAUCAUAUAAAGAAACCCAUAGUUUGUUUCUAACCUUUUUGCUUGGUUAUAAAUUCACAUGUAGAAUGAAAUAAUACAAGUAUCAGUGAAUAGUUCUCAGAGUUCUUAAAAGCAAGCCUUUUGUAGGACACCUCUCCAUAAUGCCCUCCGGCUUGUCUUCAACAUUUGAACGUACACACAAUCAAGAAAGGGCACCUGGGGUUAUUCAUGUCCCCAGAAACAUAACUGCUCAGCAUUAAUGCUGCAAUGUGGUACCUAAUUGAACAAGAAGCCUACAAAGUGGGUCUUGCAUCUUCCUUGUUUUUUGCUGGAUUGCUUAUUGGAAAUAUCACAUUUGGCCCUUUGUCGGAUAAACUGGGCAGGAAACCAGUUUAUAUAUCAGGUCUAUUUUUUGAUGUUGUUUUUGGGUAUGUCACAGCAUUAGCUCCGAAUUAUGACACAUUUGCAGUUUCACGUUUUUUUGUUGGGAUUGUGAAUGGUGGAAUGGCUCUUGUGUCUUUUGUCCUAACACAGGAAUAUGUAGGAAAAUCAUUUUGGUCAUUUACAGGUUCGUUAACUAAUUUGACAUUUGCAGUUGGCAUUGCUGUUUAUGCACUGCUAGGUUACUGUGUAAGAGAAUGGCGCUACCUUGCCUUGGUAUCGAAUACUCCAGGAAUCAUCUUCUUUCUUCUUUCUUUUAUGCUCCCAGAAUCACCAAGAUGGCUCUAUUCCCAAGGGAAAACUGCAGAAGCUGAACAUGUGUUGCAAUAUAUUGCUCUUGGUAAUGGAAAAGAGCGAUUGAAUCUAAAACUAAAACCAAGUGCAGGAACUCUGAGAAAGGAUGAAUCGACACCUGGUAUCUUAAACUUAGUAAAACACCCAGUCCUUCGGUGGCGAACUGUCAUACUGAUGUACAUCUGGUAUGUCUGCAGCUUUGUGUACUAUGGAUUAACUUUAAAUGCUGGUGAAUUAAGAGGAAAUCUGUAUUUAAAUGUGGCUCUUUAUGGUCUUGUAGAAGUUCCAGCAUUUCCUCUCUGUAUGUUUUUCAUUGAGAAAUCCUGGUCUGGCAGACGAAGAACUAUGACCUCUUUUCUGGUAUUUGCAGGAUUUGCUUGUAUACUUGCUCUGUUCUUACCAACAAAUGCUGGUUUGCUCUUCAGCCCCACUUUGUUAGCUUUGUGUGGAAAAAUGAUGGUCAGCGCUGCUUUCAACAUCGUGUACAUUUAUACUUCUGAACUCUACCCAACAGUACUGAGAAAUGCUGGCUUGGGUGUCUGUUCCAUGUCUUGCAGAUUUGGAGGCAUUUUGGCUCCAUUUGUGCCAUCUAUGAAAUCUCUUGGUCCCUUUGUACCAUUCGUGGUGUUUGGAAUCAGUGGACUGUCAGCUGGAUUCUUGACUCUCCUUCUACCAGAAACACUAAAUAAGCCAAUUGCAGAGAGCAUUGAAGAUCUUCAGAUUCCCAAAUACCAAGUGUUGAGAAACAAAAAGGUAAACCAGUCAGAAGAAAAUACUUAAGUUUCCAAAGACCUCUGUGGUGAAAAAUAAAGCCUCUGCUGAGAAGAUGCUGUAGCAGUUGAAGGGCAGAGUCCUGAUGUGUCCUGAUACCAGAGUGGGAAUGUCAGAGCAGUUCAUGUAUAAUGCCAUUUUCAGCAUGCUGAACAGUUUUAUUUGGAGGCAAAUUGACAAGAUAGAAAAAAUUGAUCAAAGCUUGUGGAAAAAAGAGGUGACAAAUCUGUGCGUUAACUUAUGGCUUAAAACCACACUUUGGAUGUUUGGACAUUUUUAUGACUUCUUAAAAUAAUGAAGUAUUCAAUUAAUUUAUUUUACAAAAUAUAAUUGUUAACUUCAGAUUAAGCUAUGAUGUUGCAGUUUUAGUGAUAGGUAUAAUUUUAACUUUAGGUGACUUUAUAUAUUCAGGCAAGCUGUAAUUGUGAAAAUUAAGAGCACUCUGUAAAUGCUAAUCUUCUUAAGAGGGUCUUUUGGCUUUAAAUUAUGGUAUACCUCACAGUAUGAAGAGACCAAAGAUUUUUACAGGUUAGUAUGUCUGUGUCCUUAGUAUGUCUAGCAUAAGAAACCUAGUCAAACUGAGCAGGAGAUCUGAAAGGAGAAUAAAUACAUUUUAUUGUGGGAGGAAGUAGUUUUUUGAUCCAGCUAUAUGUGAAAAGAUAUGUAAAGUUAAAAACAAUACUGUAUUGGAAAAAUGUCAGGUUUUUGAGAGAGGGAAAAAUGUACUUGAAGGAGGGGAUGAGUACUUAGUCAAAGGUUGCUGAGUUCUAGCUGUGCCUCUGUAACUAGAAAUUAUCAAACAUUAAUCAUCUCUCUCUCUCUCUCUCUCUCUCUCUCUCUCUCUCCAUAUAUAUAUAUAUAUAAAUAAAAUAGAGAGAGAGAAGAAUUUUCCCACAAUAACUGGAAAUUUCAGCUGUAGGAAAAAAGUUUGGUUAACAAUUAAUAUAUUUAUGUUGGAAUAGAUGCAUCAUGAAUGUUGCGGUUCUUGAUGGUCGGUACAAUGUUUUUUAUUAAAAAGAAACUUAUUAAAUGUCUGUUAUGAACUCUUCUUUCACCAGGAUGUUUACUCAGGCUUUUUGAAGAAUAUUUGCAUCAUUUUGAUUUUGGCCCAUUAUUUAAUGCAUCUGAUGAGAAAAGGCUGAGGAAGGCCCCUGCAUUUUGAGCUAGUUUCACAUUCAGAUAAUAAUUUUGCAAAUUAACAGGUACCCAUGCAAGUGCGUGAGCAUAUACAUACAUGCACACAUACAUGUAUAUAUGUAUACACAGAUUGCUGUGCCUAGAUGGUUAUUGAAAUUUGUAUUGUGUAUGGGUGUAUCCGUCUGUGUGUGCUUUACAAAUAGUCUCCAAGAGAUCAAAAUUAAUUGACAAUCAGAACAGCAUUUGGAUGAUGUUGCAUAGUGGUGGGCUGUGUAUGCAUUUACUUAACCUCUGGGGCUGAAGUUUGACAACCAACAUACAGAAUAAGCUGUAAACUUUUAUCUUGUGAUUAUUGUUUAUUCAUCAUUUUUUAUCAUACUUCAUUUUUGUGAGCAGUAGAACAGAGCUGAUAAAAGUUUUUUCUGAAUAAUAUUAAUACCUUCCAUUCCAUUAACAUUUAUAACCAUAGUGACUAAUUAUACCUCUUCAAAGGAUAAUCGCAUCAGCUGGAAAUAGUAAAGACCAGUUUUUGUUA